UAACCAUGGUUAGGGAGAGUGGAGAGAUGAUCGAGUGGUGUACGGCUUCUCUGUCUUUCUUAUUCCGUGCGUUUAUACUAUAUACAGCACCGACGCUGUGGAAAUAAGAGUCGAUCGUCUUCUCUCUCUUUUCUCAGAGGAUCUGAAACCGACUCUCCGGUGGAUUUUCGCCGGAUCUGGUCGGAAACUUACUGCAAAUCCAUCGAACCCAAGUUGCCAGUGGUGGUUUCUGUUUGGAGAUCAUAGGUACCUCUUUGUCUGGUUCUUUCUCUCAGUUUCUUCGUCGACGGACGGUUGUAAUUUUAGGUUCGGUUUCGCGUCCAAGAUCGAAACGAGGAUUGGUUUCGUGAGGGAAUGUAUGAAGAAUGCUUAGCAUUUUAGAGGUCCUAAGUGAGUAAAGGAUAACUGUUGAGUUAUUCUUUUAUUUUUUUUGUUAUCGUUUGUUGGAAAGAAGUUGGAUUCAGUAGGGAAGUGUAGGGGUAGGAUUCUUGUUCUCUCUUUCCUUUCACCUUUUCCUAUCGUUCCACAGUAUAGAAUUCUUUGGGUAGGGUGAUUCGUAUGGUCUGGGAUUUUGCUUUGUUUUUGCGUCUAGGAUUUGAGCAUUUUUGUGAGAUAAGAUUUGAGAGGAAAGGAGUUGAGCUGCAGAGAAUAGCGAUUUGAAGGGAGUUUUAAACUUAAUUAAAGAGUGUUUGAGGGUUUUCGAUCAUUUUUUCAAUAAUGCAUUGAUAGAAAUCGAAGAAGUUUCUGCAGUUUCGAGGCGAUUCGGCUUAUGUUUAUUUAUAGGAGUUUGAGAAUCGUCGUCUUGUUUUGUGAGAAGAGUGGCAGCUAUUAACAGUAGAUUGAUCAAUUUUUCACCUACUCAGUAGUUGCUUUCGUCUUUAUUUAAGACAUUUAGUCAUUUAGAUCACACAUCGGCGAAGGGGUGAUCGGCCGAAUCGAAUCUGCAGUUUCUUCUUCUUUUUGCUUAAAGACGACAUUGUUGUCUUCCACCUACCCUUUCGUCGAUUACGAUAUUUGUGCUGGAUACGGCAGUGGAAGUCAUAUCGCAAUAGAGAGGUUUCUAAUGGAUUAGGAGGGCUGAGUUCAAGCUUCUAUAUGGGGUUGAAGAAUUGUGAAGAUCGAUUUCACGAUGUGCAGAUUUGAGGAAUCUGAGAACAAAUCGGAUUACGGGGUGGAGAAGAAGGAGGAAGGGAGACGGUGGCAGAUGGGCUUCAAGUAUCUAGGAGAGAGUAAAGUUGAGAAAACGAAGAGUUCUGUGAUGCCUCGUUCGUGCAUGAAGCUAUGGAUGAUCCGGGCGACCACUACAUUAUUGCUCUGGACUUGCGUUGUUCAGUUGACGGCACUGGGGGAAAUGUGGGGGCCGAGGGUUUUGAAGGGUUGGCCGUCUUGCUUUACCCCGGGUUCUCGUUUGGCCGCAGAAAUAUCUUCAGCUCCUGCAAAAAUUUUAUUGCCGCCCAAAAGGUUUUACAAGAACAAUGGUUAUCUGAUGGUUUCAUGCAAUGGAGGACUUAAUCAGAUGCGGUCAGCGAUAUGUGACAUGGUUGCAAUUGCAAGAUAUUUGAAUGUUACACUUAUUGUGCCUGAGUUGGAUAAAGCCUCCUUCUGGAAUGAUCCCAGUGAAUUCCAGGACAUAUUUGAUGUGGAUCAUUUCAUUACAUCCUUGAGAGGUGAGGUUCGGAUUUUGAAAGAACUUCCGCCUAGGCUUAAGAGAAGAGUGGAGCUAGGAAGGGUACACUCAAUGCCACCCAUUAGUUGGUCUAACAUUUCAUACUAUCUGUAUCAGAUUCUUCCUCUGAUACAGAAGUACAAGGUUUUGCAUUUAAACAAAACUGAUUCUCGACUUGCUAAUAAUGGUCUACCAAUAGAUAUUCAGAAGUUGCGUUGCCGAGUAAAUUUCAAUGCUUUGCGAUUCACUCCUCAGAUAGAGGAAUUGGGUAGAAGAGUUAUAAGGCUUCUGAGGCAAAGGGGUGCUUUCUUAGUCCUACAUCUACGAUAUGAAAUGGAUAUGCUAGCUUUCUCUGGAUGUACUCAGGGUUGCAACGAUGAUGAGGUAGAAGAGUUGACAAGAAUGAGAUAUGCUUAUCCUUGGUGGAAAGAAAAAGUGAUAAACUCUGACCUGAAAAGGAAAGAUGGUUUGUGCCCUCUUACUCCCGAGGAAACUGGUCUUAUACUGAGGGCAUUGGAUGUUGAUCGAGAUAUUCAGAUUUAUAUUGCUGCUGGAGAAAUAUAUGGUGGAGAAAGGAGGAUGGCAAGUCUCAGGGCAGCAUAUCCAAAUUUGGUCAGGAAAGAGACGUUGUUGGAAUCUUCGGAUCUUAGGUUUUUUCAGAACCACUCCUCUCAAAUGGCUGCAUUGGACUAUCUGGUUUCUCUUCAAAGUGAUAUCUUUGUUCCUACUUACGAUGGAAAUAUGGCAAAAGUUGUUGAAGGCCAUCGCAGAUUCUUGGGGUUCAAGAAGACAAUUCUAUUGGACAGGAAGCUUUUAGUUGAUUUGAUAGACCAAUACAAUGAUGGAUUACUGGGGUGGGAGAAAUUCUCUUCUUUAGUGAAAGAAGUUCAUUUAAAUCGAAUGGGGAACCCAACUAAAAGAGUUGUGAUUCCUGAUAGACCCAAAGAAGAGGAUUAUUUCUAUGCGAAUCCAGAAGAGUGUUUUCAAAGUGUUGAACCAUUGGAUAGCAUUUGAUCUUUACCUUGAGCAGGAGAUUGUCACAUUCAAUUGUCAUCCCCGCCUUUCUGGCCAUUCUUUCAAGAUUAAUGAUUCAGUUCCUUGUGCGAGAGAGGUAUAAAAGUGGAGAUGGUUUAUCAUUCAUGGAAGCACGAAAGAUAAUGUAGGGGGCAAUAGGUGCUUCGAUGAAGUUCUUUACAGAAGCAGCUGCUUGAUAUUUAUAUAUAUAUAUAUAUAUAUAUAUUUCAUAUUCACAAAUAAUACAAUUCUUGUAUAGACAUCACCCUUCCAUUGCAGGGUAAUAGCCAGAUCAGCUGCAGUGUACAACAAAUGGCUGAACUUUUUAGUGAGACUCGGGGGAUCCAUUCAAGCUCAGCCAAUCUUCCUUUACGGCUUGUAUUCUUUUUGGACUUAAAAGUCGUUGCAGGUUCUUGUUUUCAUCUCAUUCUGAAUUUUCUCAGUUUGGUGAUGGCUGAAUUUUUUGCACCAGAGGGAUUAUGAAAGUUGUACAUGCUUUGAUACUCUUGGCAAUAGAGGGAAUGAUACUGUUUCAACGAUGAA